AUGCAGAUCCCUCAGAUUAGUUACGCAUCCACAGCCCCCGAGUUGAGCGACGACCGCCGCUAUGACUUCUUCUCCCGCGUGGUCCCUCCGGACAGUUUCCAGGCUCAGGCGAUGGUGGACAUCGUCCAGGCCAUGGGUUGGAACUACGUCUCCACCGUGGCAUCGGAGGGCAGCUACGGCGAGAAGGGCGUGGACGCCUUCAUGCAGCUCUCCAGAGAAGCAGUUUCCAGAAGAUUAUUAAAGGACACGUCUCAGAGAUCACAGAGGACGUCCAGGACCAACGGCCUCAUACAACUGGUUUUUCAACAACGAGUUGAUAAUGAUCACAGCAGGUCUCCUCAGUGUCGUCAGACACACAACAGCUUGUGUUUUACAGGAGGUUCAGGAAACAUCUGAGGCCUCAUUCAUCCUCCACAUGUUUCAUGUGCAGAUAAAACUAAGACUCUCUGAAUCACUGUGACACUUAAGACGUGUG